UCAACAAAUUUUGACAAAAAUACACUUUCCUGAAAAUGGCCGCUUCGGGAGGUAAUAUCGAAUGGUCAACUACUGUAAAACCAAUUCUUACUGCUUUGUACGGCCCAUUUUUUGAGAAAAAUGAUGCUGUGGAAAUAAUACAAGCCAUCAUAAAAAGUGAGAAUGAGUUCCAAAAUCAUGAAGACAUCUAUGAUCUGUUCUACACCUGCUUCGCCUGCCUCUCUGCUCACUUUAUUGCUGCUAAUGCCAGUAAUUUACCAGUGGAGCAACUGGGCACGGCCCGAGAUGCGCUGCGAGUCAUCCUGCGACAGAUCCUGAAGAAGCUGUGUGAAGCUGGCUCCAGCUUUGACGACCCAUCUACUGCUGCUCCUAAUGUUUCUGUCAAGCAGCUGCUGUUGCCUAUUGCAGGACUAUGUGGCAUCGAGGGUGGCGGCUACCCGCACGCCGACCAGGUCAUCCUCACCUCGCUGCUGAAGAGUGCCAAGCUGCCUCCUCAUGUCACUGUAUCAGAGGCUCAAACCACCAAAUCGUCCGUCAUCUCGAGCCCAAUAUCAUCACUAUCCCAAAGCGCGUCGGACAAGCAGCCCGCGCCGACCGGGCAGCGGCGCUCGGACGCGCUGCUGGAGCAGCUCACGCAGCCGCUGCGCAUCUCGCCCGUGGCCUCCGUCACGCAGGUGCCUGUUGUCGCGCCGGUCAUGUCACCUGGCAGCAAGGACAGCCUGGAGAGUAAGGAUGGAGGGAAUCAACAGACGGUCGUGGAUGUUAAGAAAUGGGUGUACCUAACUUGCGCCUCCCUGCUCGUGGAGCUCCGAGGCGGCGCCGUGGUGACGGGCGUGUGCGCGCUGCUGCCGUGCCUGCAGCGGUACCUGGCCAAGUGGAGGCUAGCGAGGGAUAAUUCCACCGCGCCGCAGUUCAACUCUGAUCCGUCUUUGCUCCACUUCCUGGUGAACGAGGUGCACGUGUGCCGGCUGGCGCUGUCGCUGCCGUGCCUGGAGCCGUUCACGCCGGAGCGCGUCUCCACGCUCAGCGACGUCAGCACCGCCUGGCUGCUGUGCGCUACUGCCCAGGCGUCCCUGCACCCCAAGGACGAGGAGAGCGAGCAGCAGACGGCCACGCUGGUGGAGAGCGCGCUCAGCCUCUACAGCACCGUCGGCGAGACCUUCAAGCAGUCCACACGAGCCGGGGGAUAUGUAUACCAGAACCACCUGAUGAUAGCGUGCUGGGUGGUGGUGUGUGGCCUACAGCACGCGCUGGGCGCCGCCCCCGCGCCGCCCGCCCCUGGCAAGAGCCCCGCCAAGCCGCCGGCGCGCGCGCACAACUUGACUAAGAUGCAACAAGGUCUAAGCGCAGUCUGGGUGGCACUAGGCGGCCGCUGCUUGGCCUGGCUCGGCGCGCUACUGGCCGACGCGAGGCUAGAAGCGCUAUCUUCAGGCACUCCCGUGGCCACGCCCACUCCCGCUCCGCCAAUCAUCUUCGCGCAGUACACGGCUCACCAGCGAGCCCGCCGAUUGGCUGCCGCUGCUCCGCUGCAUCAGUUGCUGGUAGCCCUAGCGGUGGUCUCAUACCGCAAGGCCACAGCCCUAAAGCGCGCAGUGGUACAGAAGCAGCACGACGCCGACCCCGACCGCAGCGACUCCACCGUCUACUUCCACGACAUGAUCCUGUGCUCCGAGGACUCGGAGACUGAUGACGAAGACAGCGAGCCGUUAUUCGGUCUCUGGUUCGAGUCCACACUGGUGGCUCCGGACGCGGCGGAGAGCGGCGGCGGCGGCGCCACCGAGCCUGAUACUGCGCCCGCGCAGCCCGCCCUCGUGCCGGACAAGGCUGAGCCUUAUUCUUACAUAGCUCUGGCCACGGAGAUCUUCACGCUCCUCACCGCCGAGAUCAUCAGCCCCGGGGCGGAGCGGCUCGGCGCGUCGGCGCUGCAGCUGCACGACUCACACGUGGCGCUGCUGGCGGCCCUGGCCAAGGACCUGGAUAGGGAGACCGCUAGGACUGAUACUGGCACAAUAUCCUCGUGCUUCGGACCUCGUCUAGGCGCUCUAUACAGCCAGUUCAGCUCGGCUCUAGUCCGCUACCUGCACAACUUGAGCGGCGCGCCCGGCUUCGCCUCGCUGCUGCCCGCGCUGCAGCAGCAGCUGCUGACCGUGCCAGCUGAUAGCGCUGCUAAUAAGACUCCGCUGCAGGUGGGACCCCGCGUGGUGAAGCUGCUCGGCAGCAUGGUGCUGUCCAAGCCGGCGGCGGAGAGAGAGAACUGCAUCCUGUCCAUGUGGCACAAGCUGGUGCACACGCUGCAGGAGUGCGCGCUGCAGCCGCAGCCGGCGCAGGACCACGACUACGAGGAUCUGAAUGUAGAGCACGCCCAGCUACUGGUGUACCUGUUCCAUUCACUGACGCUGAUGCAGAAGAAGUCAGUCCUGCUGAUGACCUCUAAUGCCAUUAUCAAGGUGGUAGAAACAUUGUCGAUGAGCGACAGGAAGCGAGCAGCCAACGUUCUGCCGCACCAGCUCAUGCUCACCACCCGGCUGAUGCUCAUACUGGAGUACCUCAUGAGGCAUCUGUACGACGCGCCACAGUCUCUGCUUCAACAGAUCGAAUGGAACCUAGUAAUCGCGCCAGGGCUGGCGCAACCGUCCCCCGAAGCCAGCGCAGGCGCAGCCGGCAGCACUAAACCCACCACCGAGGGCGGGCAGCUAGCGGCUCGUAUCUACUGCUCUGUGCCGCAUGUGGAGGCAGCAUACAGGAGACUGACUCAGGACGAGAGCUCCAUGAGGCCACGGUUCUACGCGCUUACCACUGCUGAGAUUAACAAUCAGGAGAACCCAAAGUUCGACGGCCUCGCCUGCAACUUCGUGCUCGGCACCCCUCACAAGCUGAAGUACCCGUUGUUACUGGACGCUCUACUAGCCCUGCUCAACUCUACGUGUGUGUGUGACAACCCUGCGCAGGCGUCGUCGCCCGCCGCGCUGACGGCUGCCCACUACUGCUUCCAGACCGCUUGGAGGUUAGUAGUAAGCAUGCCGCCCGCCACGCCGCACAUGGACAAGCUGGCGGCGGGCACGGCGGCCGACCUGCCCGCGCCGCUGCCUCUUCACGCGCUGAUCUGGGCCCCUAGAGCGGACAAUAAGAAGGUCUUCAACCCGUGGCUCAAGGACGCGCUUGUCAAACAGGGCAUGUACACGCAGUACGCUGAGAAUCUACUAGCCGGUGUGAGCGCCUCGUGCGACAACAUCAAGUACAGCGCCUGGCUCGCCUCUAAAAUCAUCAAGCAUUUGAAAGAGAACAUUACGGCGUCCGGUCUCCCGUCCCUGCUGGACGUGAUAUCGUGCGACGCGGCGCUGGUGCGGCUGCACAUCUGCCUCGCCGACGCCGCGUCCGCCGCCGAGGCGCACCAGUUCAUGCCGGACCUGCUGGAGCUGCUCGCCACGUUGGUGGACUGUUGCCGAAUAAGCGCCGGAAUGGAGCUGGAAUGCCUGACAGAAACCGGCGCAUCGGAGUCAGUAGCAGCGGUCAACGCCACCCGGCUAUUGGUCUGUGGCACCCUCUGUCCCAUUGGUCCGGGGGCGGGGCCCUCACCCCCGCCAGCGUUGGGGGCGUGGCUUAGAGCGCAGAUGCCGGCCAAUGCCUCGCAAGCAUUGGACAGACUGUCGGCACCACCGCCGAUUCAGUCUAGGAACACUGCAAUCUACGCGAACGACAUCAUCCCCUCCGAGAGCGCCGUCCUCAACCUGGUGUCCUCCCACUGCGAGAUAAUGAGCUGCGGCGGCGUGUACUCGGCGUGGGCGUCGCUGCGCAUGCUCGGCUACUCGGCCGCCAAGCUGCUGGAGGCGGGCGCGGGCAAGCUGGCCGAGGAGCCCGCGCUGGCCGCCGCCGCCGGGGACCUCGUCGUGCCCGCGCUGACGGACGGCCGCCUCGAGUUCAUGUCGGAGCCCCUAUCCUGUACCCUCACUACACUAGUGCCGCAGCAGCUGAAGGCGGAGCAGCUGAUCCACGAGCACAUCCUGCGCACCACCUACCCCAUGCUGGUGGAGCAUCUGCAGCCCGCCACUGAGAAGACCUUGCGCCAUAUGGUAAAAUACUGGGAGAAGAUUCUCGACCGGCCGGCCGGCAGACUCGCCUAUGAAGUGGUGUUCGCUGAGGGCUCAGAGUAUUCUCUCGGGAAGAUCCUCCUCUCCGCUCCGAACGCCAGGAAUCCGUAUGCUGAACGGGUUAUCAAACUGUUCAUAAAGAUAUUCGCCGGGUGCGAGAGCUCUGAGCUCAGUAGCGCCCUCUGCAUCUCCGUGUGCAAGUUCCUCGGCGUCGCGGAUAAGGAGAAGGUGGCCAGUCUACUGUCGCACAUCUGCUUCGGAGGACCAGCGGCGCCACCGUUGGCGGGCACGGCCAAUGCGAGCCCGGUGGAGACGGAGCUGGCCACGCCCACCACCGCCGCGCCCGAGCCCAACCCCGCCUCGCUGGCGCUACGCAAUGCUUUGCGGUCAGUGUUCAGGACUGAACCUACUGAUACACCAUCGCCAGCGCCUAGGAUUCAAUCUGAUACAGCGCAACCAUCAACUAACUCUGAUACCGGCAGCUGGUCGGACGCGAAGCCGGAGGCGGCGGCGGUGCCGGACGCGCCGGCCGUGCCGCUCUCCGACGCCACCAACGACAACGCGCUGCUGCUGACGCACCUGUGCAAGCACAUCACUAUGCACUGCACGGAAGAAGUCAGCGAGCGCUGCCUAGCUCUACUCAUCUCAGUCUGCGGCGACACCGCGCCCGCGCCGCUGCUGCUCAAGGAGAUGUGUCGCUUAGCCGACGCGCACAACGGACAGGGGCACAAGCAGCUGUUCCAGGCUUGCGUCAACCAGUUGAAUGUUUGCGUGGAGCAGCUGAGCAGCCCGGAAGUGCUGGAGAAGCUGGAGUCGGGCGCGGCGGACGCGGGCGUGGCGCCGCAGCUGGAGUCGUGCGGCGCGCUGCUGGCCUACCUCGCCGACGCGCUGCACGCCACCAGCAGCGCGCAGCCGCACACUUGGCGCUCUGUCAGUCCCACAUGGGAGUCUCCGUCCGACCUCGGCUUCGACUUCGAGUGCACCGACGAGCAGCAAGACGAUGACGACACUAGCGCCGAUGAUUCUGACGAAGACGCGAUGCUCCAGUACAAGCUCUGCACAUUCACGGUCACCCAACGGGAGUUCAUGAACCAGCACUGGUACCACUGCCACACGUGCAAGAUGGUGGACGGCGUGGGCGUGUGCAGCGUGUGCGCGCGCGUGUGCCACAAGUCGCACGACGUGUCGUACGCCAAGUUCGGCAACUUCUUCUGUGACUGCGGUGCCAAGACUGAUUCGAGUUGCCAAGCGCUAGUGAAGCGCUCGGCCACCGCCGGCGCGGGCCGCGGGGGCUCCUCGGACGAGCCGCCCCCCGCGCCCUCCCUGCGCCGCCGCCCCUCCAGCCCCGCGCCCUCCGCGCUGCCCGCGCCGCCGCGCCGCCCCGCGCUUAUACACUUUAUACAAGGCUCCCGCCAAUACCUAAGCUCCUACCCCGAGUGGACGGCCGUCACAGAAAAAAUCGGACGCCUGCUCUCAGCCCUAUGCGGGCCGGUUCGCGCGGCGUGCGAGCGAGGCGCCGCAGUAGGAGCCCACGGCCGGGCCCAGAGAGCGCUGGCGCAGCUGCAUCUGGGGGAUAAACAUAUCACCAGCACGGAUAACUUGAUGCUGCCUACACUUGGAUCCCAAGAGGGCGCGUUCGAGAAUGUUCGCAUGUCAUACACCGGCGAGAAUGGGCAGACGAUCCGCCAGCUGAUGUCGUCGCACAAGCUGAGACGGGUAGCUAUGUGCUGUCUCGCUUCACCGCAGGGCAGGAGGCAGCAUCUCGCUGUCAGCCACGAGAAGGGCAAGAUAACCGUGCUGCAGCUAUCAGCGUUACUCAAGCAGGCUGACUCGUCCAAGCACAAGUUAACCCUCACGCGGCUGUCGUCCGCGCCUAUACCGUUCACCGUGAUCAGUCUGAGCGGCAACGCGGCCAAUGAGGACCUGCUAGCCGUUUGCGGGUUGAAGGAGUGCCAUGUACUCACAUUUAAUAGCGGUGGCGCCGUAUCAGACCACCUAGUGAUCAACGCGGAUGUGGAAGCAACUAACUACAUCAUCAAGGCAAUAUGGCUGCCCGGCUCCCAGACGCAACUAGCGCUAGUGACCUCAGCGUUCGUCAAGAUAUUCGACCUGAGCACGGAUCUCAACAAUCCGAUGCACUACUUCUUGGUGCCCAGUGGAAAGAUCCGCGACGUGACCUUCGUGAACCAAGAAGGCGAGCAGCAGAUGCUGUGCAUGAGCUCGGCGGGCCACAUCUACUGGCAGCCGAUGAGCGAGGAGUCGCGCGCCACGCUCGGCACCUUCUACGUCACCAACACGCUGGAGGUGCUGCACCCUGAGAUACAGGACGUGGCUGGGCUGGUUGGCGGCGGCGGAGUGUCCAUUUACUACUCGCACACGCUCAAGAUGCUGUUCUUCUCAUACGCGCAAGGGAAGAGCUUCUUAGCUCCACUGAACACAGUCGAAGAGAGUGUCAAAGGUUCAGCAAUGAUAACGCUAUCCUCAUCAUCAAGCCAGAAGGAGGGCGGCCGCUCGGGCAAGCAGGGCGGCGCGCAGUCGCUCUGCCAGUGGGCCGAGGUGCCCGGGCACCCGGGGCUGGUGACCGCUGUCAUGCAGGUGUCCAACAACCCCGUGGUGUUGAUGCUCACGCCUAACAGUAUUGCUGUGCAGGAGAUUAAGGUGGUUCCAGCCAAAGCGAAGAUAACCGACAUGGUAGCGGUCCGCCACUGGUGCGGCGCGGGCGGCGAACAGAAGAGCACACUCAUCCUGCUCUGUGAGGACGGCAGUCUGCGCAUGUACGCGGCCAGUCCCGAGCAUACCGGCUAUUGGCUGUCGCCCGCCAUACAGCCUACUCACGCGCCGCGCCGCCGCCCGAGGGCGCUGCCGCAUUCUAGCAGGAAGUCGCAUCAGGCAACAAAGUCCAGUGCCCCGGGCAGUCCCCAGUUCCCGAUCGACUUCUUCGAGCACUGCCUCACCAUGACGGACAUCGAGUUCGCGGGCAACGACCUGCUGCAGGUCUACAACACGGCGCAGAUCAAACACAGACUGAAUACCACGGGUCUGUACGUGGUUUCCACGAAGAUGAGUGGUUUCACAAUGGAAAUAAACAAUUCGGAUCCGAACGUGGUUAUUUGCGGCAUCCGCCUGCUGCUCGGCAGUCAGGAUGUAGCCAGGACACCGUCUUAUGUUGAGAUCUACGGGCGCUCGAUCCCCACAAUAGUGGUCCGCAGCCGCUGGUACGACAUCCCGCUGACGCGCGAGGAGUCGCUGCAGUCGGACAAGAAGCUCACCGUCGUGUUCGGGCCCUCGCAGGACCCUGAUGGGGUCACUAUGAUUGAUUCUGUCAAGGUAUACGGCAAGAACAAAGAGCAAUUCGGAUGGCCCGAGGAGACGGAAGACUCCGCGUCAUGCCCAUCAUCCAGCAAGAUUGCGCAAGAAUCGGAAGGCGGCAUCGGCUCAUGGAAGCCGAGCCCUCUGGAACGCCUGGCGUGCUCUGCUCUAGAAGCUCUGGAGUUAGGAGCGGUGGCCACAUCAGCUGUUGGGGCUGAAGGAGCGGCUGAGGCUGCCAUGAGGCUGCUGUGUGCGCCCGCCUCGGCUCAGUUGCAUGCGCGUGCGCAAUGCUUGCUAAGGAAUCUGCAUGGCAGCAACUAUCAUCAGUACAAGGACCAAGCGAUCCUGAAGUACGUGUACGACACUCUAGUGGAGCUGGACGCGACGGCGGAGGCUCGCAACAUCGACCCCGAGGCGUACUUCCGCGCCGUGGUGUUGGCCCGUAGCGUGGCCGUGACGCGCCCCGCGCACCUCGUGCAGGCCGCGCCGCCCGCUCCGCCGCCGCCCGCUGACGGCGACUGGUCCAUCUACUGGUCCGCGCAAGACCCGUCCUCCCCCCCGCACCUGGUGUCCCUGCUGGUGCGGGUGCUGCGGCGCCUGGGGGCGUGCGCCGCGCCGGCGGGCGGCGUGCUGCGGCCCGGCCUGCGCCACGCCGACACCGUGCUGCACGCGCUGCUCGACAUACUGCACGCCGCCACGCUGCACGCGCCGCCGCAUAUGGUGGACUUUGCAAACCAGAUCUACCUAUCGCUUCUGUUAUGUGAAGACCAGACUAUCAGCUUUGGUGCUAAGUGUGCGUUGAUGCGAGUGCUUCGACCCAGAGUCAAGAGGCGUAGGGUCUACAUUCCCUCGCCACCUAAUACUCCGGCAGGAGCAUCAACGACGACAACCACGCAGCCUCCAGCAUCCAUCUCGGAGGUGACGUCAUCGGAGGCGGAGGCGCGCGACGAGCAGCAGGAGAGCCAGUUCAUGGACGUGGACGACCCCAUGGAGCCCAUCGUGCUGCUGGCCCCCGACGGCGGUCUAGAAGCUCUACUGGAUAUUCCGCCCGACGCGGACGACGAGACGAUGGUGGAGCUCGCCAUCGCAUUGUCACUGCAGGAGCAAGCGCCGGCCUCCGCGCCACCGCCUGCGCCCCAAGCGGCUAAUGUGUCGCCGCCACAGUCUGACGACGAGGGCAGCACGGCGGCGACGGACGGCAGCACGCUGCGCACGUCGCCCGCGGACGCCGGCGGCUCGGCCGGCUCCGAGAGCGGCUCCGGCGCCGACAGCAUCGGGCCCGUGUCCGGCCGCAGCAGCGCGUACGGUGAAAUGUCUGCUCCAGCUGCUGGAGGUAUUCAAGCGACGAGCUCUGCGCCUGUCCCUAUUCCUGGCCCGUCUACAUCAUCUAGCAGCUCGACAGCCGCUCGUUCGCACGAGUCGGACGGCUCGGCGCGCAAGCUGCACGCGCUGCGGCUGUCUCUGCUCACGGCGGCACUUGAUAAGAUACCCACUCUGAAGAAUUAUCCCGGCGUCAGGGCUAUACCGUUUAUGCAGGUGAUACUAAUGCUGGCCAGCGACCUGGACACCGCAUACGACGCGGAUCGCAACGUGCUCGAGCGUCUAUUGGAGCUGUUAGUGGCCGAGCUGGACAUGAACGGGGAGGAGGCGGCCAAGGACGUGCACCUGAGGACCCACCAGAGGGAGCUGCAGCUCGUCGCUAUGAGGCUGUUGAGUAAGUGUUCCAUUGAUGAAGGGCCAUGGCUCGAGUGUCUGUUGGAGCUGCUAGUGGCCGAGCUGGACAUGAACGGCGAGGAGGCGGCCAAGGACGUGCAUCUGAGGACCCACCAGAGGGAGCUGCAGCUCGUCGCUAUGAGGCUGUUGAGCGUCCUAAUGGCUCGCUGGAAGAACCAGGGCAUCCCGGCCGGGGCGUCCCGCACGGAGAUCAACCAGGCUACCAGCGCCGCGCACGUGUCGCGCCUCGCCGCCAUGGCGCUGGUGCGGGCCGGGGCUCCCGCGCACUGCUUCAACGUGUUGACAGCCUUACUGCCGUAUUGGAAGGAGAAAGGGAAUAACCCAGGAGCCAGCCCGCCUGGCCAGCAGUUGCUGAGGCCGAUGCCGUCACAGCCGCUACCCGAUAUGCAGCCGUUCUUUGUCAAGGAAUAUGUGAAAGGUCACGCUCUCGACGUGUUCGACAACUACCCCCAGCUACUCAUGGAGAUGGCGCUGCGGCUACCGUGCCAGAUCCACAAGCACUGCGACCCGACCACCUUCGACCAGCGCUGGCGGACGCUGCUGGCGGAUUAUAUGAUGAACCAGCAGACGCCGCUUAGGAAGCAAGUCCGCAAACUGCUCCUGUUACUCUGCGGCACGCGUGAGCGCUACCGACAACUGCGGGACGUGCACGCGCUGGACGCGCACCUGCAGCACGCGCGCGCGCUCGCCGCCACGCCGCACCCGCCCUACGACCAGCUCGUGCAGCUCAUGGAGCACCUCAAGGCAUGCUCGGAGAUCGUAUCCGCUCGCACCGGCAACUGGCAACUAGCGUGCCUGAGCUCCCGGCGCGAGGCGCUCGGCUGGCUGGUGGCGGUGGCGCGGCGCGUGCACCCGCACGUGGCGCCCCCCGUGCUGCAGCUGCUGCAGCAGGCGCUGCACCCGCCCGCCUCCAGCAAGCCGUCGUCGUCGUCGUCUGAGUGGGGCGAGCGCGAGCGCAGCGCGGACAGCGACGCGUUCGUGUCGGACGGCUCCAAGUUCCAGGAGCAGCGGGUGCCGCAGCUCGUGCAGCAGAUACUUAAGCAGGUAUCCGAAGACGAACUUCGCCAGUUUAUAAAGGCUUUCCUCCUGGAGACCAACUCGACAGCUGUGCGUUGGCAAGCGCAUUCACUGCUACUGGCUAUUUACAACAACUGUUCGCAAGCUGAUCAAGCAAACCUGGUAUCACUGUUGUGGGGCAUAUGGCCGACAUUACCUCAGUACGGAAGGAAGGCUUCACAAUUCGUCGAUCUGCUCGGUUACUUCACUCUCAAGACUCCUAACAUCGACUCUGAGAAGUACGUAGCAAGCGCGGUAGACCUGCUCCGCAGCCAGAACGGCCUCCUGGCGCGGCACGGCAACGCGGCGCUGUACGCGGCACUCGGCUCGUUCGUGGAGCUGGACGGCUACUACCUCGAGUCGGAGCCGUGCCUCGUGUGCAACAACCCCGAGGUGCCCAUGGCCACCAUCAAGCUGCCCACCAUCAAGAUCGACUCAAAGUUCACGACGACCACGCAAAUAGUGAAGCUAGUCAGCAGCCACAUGAUCAGCCGCAUCAGCCUGCGCAUCGGCGACAUCAAGCGCAGCAAGAUGGUGCGCACCAUCAACUUCUACUACAACAACCGCACCGUGCAGGCCGUGCAGGAGCUCAAGAAUAAACCUGGCAUGUGGCACAAAGCGAAGCGCGUGCAGCUGCAAUCAGGCCAAUCAGAAGUCCGCGUCGACUUCCCGCUGCCGAUCGUCGCUUGCAACCUCAUGAUGGAGUACGCCGACUUCUACGAGAACCAACAGGCUACUGGCGAGUCGCUGCAGUGCCCGCGCUGCUCGCAGCUGGUGCCGGCCAACCCGGGCGUGUGCGCCAACUGCGGCGAGAACGUGUUCCAGUGCCACAAGUGUCGUGCAAUAAACUAUGACGAGAAAGAUCCCUUCCUAUGCCACGCGUGCGGGUUCUGCAAGUACGCCAAGUUCGACUACACGCUGUCAGCUCGACCUUGUUGCGCCGUCGACACCAUAGAGAAUGAUGAAGAAAGGAAGAAGAUGGUGCAGACUAUAGGCGCGCUGUUGGACAAGGCCGAUAGAGUGUACCGGCAGUUGACCGCUAACAAGCCCGUUUUGGAGUCGCUGCUACACAAGAUAAGCGAGCACCGCGUGGACCGCCCCUGUGACGAAGCCCCCGCUCCAGCUGUCGCCACGGCGGCCUCGUUCGCCGGCGCGCAGAUCAACCGCGUCAUACAGUCACUGGCGCACAAGUACUGUGUGGAUAGUCGCAGCCAUUUUGAGGAUUUGUCCAAGAUUAUACAGAAGGUUUUGGCUUGCAGGAAAGAACUAGUAUCGUAUGACCGUAUGCAGAGUGAGCAACUCAAGGGUGACUCGGUGCCCGUCUACGCCGGCUUGGUACAGAACUACGAUGGAGAAGUUACUAAAGAGUCCGGCGGCGGCUGCUACGGCUGUUCGCUAGCUUGCGCCGAACACUGCCUGACCCUACUGCGGGCACUCGCCUCGCAGCCCGAGCACCGCGCGCGCCUGUGCCGCUUCGGCCUGGUGCAGGAGCUGGUGCAGCACAACCUGCACCGCGGCACCACGCAGAGUCAAGAGGAGGUGCGCGCGCUGAUCUGCCUGGUGACGCGCGACAACCUGCCGGCCACGGAGCAGCUGUGCACGCUGCUCUCCCAGCGCGUCACGCUGUCGCUCAUGGGCCACGCCGCCUCGCACCACCACAACAACUCGGUGCGUCCACUGAUAGUGUUGCUUGGCGCGUUGGUGAAAGUUCAAGACUCUGUCGAAUGUUGGGAGGUCAGACUUCGCUGCAUUGUUAGACUUUGGGUCUGGUGCUCUCCUCAACUGACAGAAGUGGCGGCCAUAGCGCCCGCCGCGUCUACCAUCUUGAAAGCCGAGCUGGCUGGAAUACCAGGCAUCACUUCUGUUUCGCACAACUCGCAACAGUUCGCUCUGCAACAAGUGGCGCUGCCGUGCCUGCGGUACAUGCAGGAACUAAUGGCGCCACUGUCGCCCGCGCCGCCCGCCAACGGAAGCACGCCUGAGGGCGACCCACCGGCCAAGGACUCUAAGGAAACUGUGGCGAAUACUACCCCGCCCAGCAACGCCCUACCUUCAUCCAGUGGCAACGUGGUAGUCGAUUUGGCAGCAUGGAUGGCGGGCAAGGUGCCGCACACGGAAUGGCGCCGCCUGGUGGCGCCCCCUAUCCCGAUCCCGGAGAACCCGCCCGAGCCCAUGCCGCCGCGCGACCUGCACCUCGCGCACAAGUUCGUCGCUAAAUGGAAGGAACGAGUGCUGCUCUCCCACGGCAUGCGCCCUCUUUCGCUGGAGAACGGCGGGUGGCUGAAGCCGGUGAUGUUCGACCCGUCGUCCCGCAUCGCGCGCGACACCGCCUGCCAGAUGGUGCGCUCGCUCUGCGACUCCUACGAGAGGACUAAAGCUGUCUUGAUCCUUCUGACCAGCUUCUUGCCAGAGGUCGGCACGGCUGGCGAGGCCAGCGAACAGUUCUUGCAGCUGUAUCAAAGCCUUGCAUCGGAAGCUCCAUGGAAGCAGUUCCUGGCUCUGCGCGGGGUGCUGCAGCAGGUGGCUGAUCUGAUGACCAAGGAGAUCGAGCAGCUGCACCGCCUGGAGGAGACCACGCUCACCUCUGACCUGGCUCAAGGUUACGCCCUCAAGCGUCUCACCGAGCUUCUCUCGAUGCUGCUAGAGGAGGCGGGCGCACGGCGCACGUACAAGACGCGCCUGGUGGGCGCCGUGCUGGGCGGCUACCUGUCCCUGCGCCGGCUGCUGGUGCAGCGCACGCGGCUCACCGACGACACGCAGGAGAAGCUGCUGGAGCUGCUCGAGGAGAUGACUACAGGCACAGAAGACGAGACAGCCGAGUUCAUGGCGGUCUGCAUAGAGACGGUGCGCAAGUACCCGCUCAACGACUACCGCACGCCCGUGUUCAUCUUCGAGCGGCUCUGCUCUAUUAUAUACCCGGAGGAAAAUGAUGUUGCGGAAUUCUUCCUCACAUUGGAGAAGGACCCGCAGCAGGAGGACUUUUUGCAGGGCCGCAUGUUGGGCAACCCGUACUCUUCGCUCGAAGUCGGCAUGGGUCCUCUCAUGCGCGACGUGAAGAACAAGAUCUGCACGGACUGCGAGCUUGUGGCGCUACUUGAAGACGAUAAUGGCAUGGAGCUGCUCGUGUGCAAUAAGAUCAUGUCUCUGGACCUGCCGGUUGCUGAGGUUUAUAAAAAGGUGUGGUGCACAUCGGGCGAGAGCGUGGACGCGAUGCGCGUCGUGUACCGCAUGCGCGGGCUGCUCGGGGACGCCACCGAGGAGUUUGUGGAGACUCUCUCGCAGACCAACGCCGAGGCCGUGGACCACGAGCAGCUGUACCGCAUGGCCAACGUGCUGGCCGACUGUGGAGGCAUCGAAUCCAUGCUGUCCCGCCUAGCCGCAGUGCAGCGCGUCGGAGCAGCCCGCGCGCUCUGCUCGACCCUCCUCCGGCUGCUGGGCCUCUGCACGCGCGUGCGCCGCUGCGUGCGCGUGCUCACGCGGGCCGACACGCGCGCGCUGCCCGUGCUGCUGCACGCGCUGCAUCUCGCUGCUGCCGAGGAGAAGGACAUGCCGAGGGCGGAGCUGGUGUAUCAGCUGCUAGAGAUAAUGGAGCGCAUAUUAUCCGUGGCUGCAAGUGAGACCCUAGAGUCGUUCCUGCAGUUCUCACUGACGUUCGGCGGACCCGAGUACGUGCAGGCGCUACUCAACUGCACCGAUAUACCCAGCAUCCGCAACAACCAGGAAGCCCUAGGCCACCUGACCCGCGUGCUAGCAGCCCUAGUCUACGGCAACGACCUCAAGAUGGCGAUGUUAGCGGACCACUUCAAGCCAGUUCUAGACUUCGACCGGCUAGACUCGGAGUGGAGCGAAGAGGAGUUCCGUAUGGAGCUGUUCUGUGUUCUCUGCGCGAAUAUCGAGAGGAACUCUAUAGGGGGCACGCUGAAGGACUACAUCAUAUCGCUGGGCGUGGUCAGGGAUGCGCUGGAUUAUAUUGUGAAACACGCGCCCUGUGUGAAGCCAACCCUCGUGUGCACGGACUCGGACGAGCUGAAGGAGUUCAUCGCGCGGCCGGCGCUCAAGUACAUCCUGCGCUUCCUCACCGGGCUCGCCACGGACCACGAGCCCACGCAGAUGCUAGUGUGCGCAGAGAAGGUGAUCCCCAUAGUGCACCGUCUGGAACAAGUGUCUUCAGGAGAACACGUUGGGUCGUUAGCGGAGAACCUUCUGGAAGCUCUGCGCUCUCAGCCGCAGUGCGCCGUCAAAGUGCAGCAAGUCAGGGACUUUACCAGACAGGAGAAGAAACGCCUAGCCAUGGCGGUUCGCGAGCGGCAACUGGGCGCGCUGGGCAUGCGCAGCAACGAGCGCGGGCAGGUGACGGCGCAGUGCUCGCUCACGCAGCAGGUGGCCGAGCUGGCGGAGGAGCACGGCGCCGUCUGCUGCAUCUGCCGCGAGGGGUACAAGUACCAGCCCACCAAGGUGCUCGGCAUCUACACGUUCACGAAGCGCUGCCCCGUGGAGGAGUACGAGCUGCGCGCGCGCAAGACGCUCGGCUACAGCACCGUGUCGCACUACAACGUGGUGCACGUCGAGUGCCACAUGGCCGCCGUCCGGCUCGCACGCGCCAGGGACGAGUGGGAGAGUGCUGCGCUGCAGAACGCGUCGACGCGCUGCAACGGGCUGCUGCCGCUGUGGGGGCCGCAUGUGCCCGAGUCAGCCUUCGCCAGCUGCCUCGCGAGGCACACCGGAUAUCUGCAGGAGUGCACGGGCCACCGCGACAUCGGGCACACGUGCACGGUGCACGACCUGAAGCUGCUCAUCCUGAGGUUCGCCCGCGGACGCACCUUCCACGACGACACGGGCGGCGGCGGCCCGCUGUCCAACAUGCAGCUGCUGCCCGCCGUCGCGCACAUGGCGCUCUACGUCAUCAACACGACCCGCGUGGCGGCGCGCGAGACGGCGGCACUAGAGGCUGCGAGCGCGUGGCCGCCGGCGCGCGUGCUGGAGGCGGCGCACGAGGCGGACGGGCCGCUGUACUGCGCCACCAUGCAUCUGCUGCUCAUGCCGCAUGCGCAAUGGCGCGCCCAACGCGUGGAGCACCUCAAGCGUCUCCUGCUAACAGGCCACGUGCGUGCCGCCGCGCCGGCCGGGCCCGCGGUCCGCGCGCUGCCGCCCGACCACCGCGCGGUGAAGCCCUGGGCGGAUUAUAAGCCCUACGCGCUGUUUGUGGCGUUAGUGGACCUGCUGUAUGGGGUUAUGUUUAAGAACGUGAACGCGACAACCGUGGAGCAGUGGCCCGUAAAGCUGGCAGAAUACAUCCGCCACAACGACGAAAACAACGCGAAGGCGGCUGAACGCAUCGUGGCCACCUUCACCGACGAGCUACUGCCCUGCGCGAGCUUCGCGGAGUUCUGUGAUGCUGCAGGGUUACUGGCAGACAUCCCCGACCCUGACGCCUUCUUGCAAGCACUGAUCGACGAGCAGCCGUGAGACUCGGCCCCCCGCGCGCCAACGUAUUGUCUCAGCUACCAGGGAUGCAACGCUUCGUAAAUGUGUUUAAUCGCUUUGUUUGUAUUUAAUAUCUUAUUCAAUUUUAAAUAAAUAGUUUUCUUUCGCUUCA